CCUCAUGGCAGGUCUGUAUUGUAGCUUUUUCCAAAACAAGCUUAAAAGUUAAGACUUGAGUGGUAGCAACAUCAGACGAGCUCGGGUUUCAACUCGCACAUGCCGAACCUUGCAUGAAGCAAUGAAGCGAUGAUCCUGGGACGGACCGUCUUCCGACCGGCGAGCCGGUACGGCGCUGCAGGCGUUGCAGCGUCAAGGUUUUCUCUUGGACGAGGCCGGUCAGUAACCGCGACACUGGGCAACCACACGUCGCGUACGAUCCGGCGUCCCGAGAGCACCGUGAGCACUGCCGGCAUCACUGGCAGCGACAAUACAGGGCAUAUCGAGGCCGGACCCAAUGAGGCGAUUCUCUUCUUUGACAAUCUCUUCCCCCUCAAGCUCAGCUCGGUUCUCUUCUGGCGACCCUGGGACACGGGCGAGCUCCUCAAGCGCUUUGACAAUGCGUCUCUCAGCUUUCUCGACCCCAUCAGCCUCGUGAAAAGGGCAAUCCCCGAGACCGCCGCGGUCAAGGUGGUCGAGUUCUACCCCCGGUUCAAGGAAGGCGGUAUCUACGUCAAGUUCACCUCUCCAAGUGGCAUGUCACCGGCCGAGGUCCAAGCCGAGUUGGCGAGAUCCCUCGACAAGACGCCCAUCAAGCCGUGGUUCAGCCCGUUCCGCGGCAUCAAGACGGGUCUCGUCUUGGGCCGUCCCUGGCUAGAAGACCUCUAUCGACUCCCACAAAACCGCCUGAAGGUCGAGUUUGUGCCUGCCCAAGACUCGGAACCGCCCGCCGAGCUGUCGCAGGAGUCCCUGUACAGCUUGUUCCGCCGCUAUGGCAAGAUCGCCGACAUCUCAUCCCAGCCUCCCGACUCCAAGGUCCUGCCGAAAUAUGCCUACGUCGACUUCGUCCUCCUACGCGAUGCCAUCAUGGCCAGGAACUGCAUGCAUGGUUUCGUCCUCCGAGAGGAGGAGGGCAGCAAGAACCCUACCCGCCUCCGGUUAUCGUACGAGCAGCGGGAGAAACCGCAUCAAAUAUGGAACUGGAUCACCAAUCAUCCGAGGAUCGUCAUCCCAAUUAUUGCCGCCUUUCUAGCUGCCUUUACUGUAGCAGUGUUCGAUCCUAUACGCGAGUUCUUUGUCAAAAUUCACGUGCAAAAGUCCUUCGAGUUCACGGAUAGCCGACUGUACAAGUGGUUGAAGCGGCAGACCUCGGAUAUCCUCGCUUUUCGCAGACGGGAAGAUGACGAUGCUGGCCUCAAUGCCCUGUUCACCCACCGGAAAGACGUGAUUGACUCGAUACAAAACAGCCUACUCGAAUCCGUCGACACAUUUGUGGUUGUCCAUGGACCUCGCGGCUCCGGAGGUAGGGAGCUCGUUAUGGACCAGGUGCUCCAGGGGCGGCGCAACGUCCUCGUCCUAGACUGCAGACAAGUCGUCGAAGCGCGCGGCGAGGCGGGCACCAUUAAGAAGCUAGCUAACCAGGUUGGCUACCGCCCCGUCUUCUCCUGGGCCAACAACCUGAGCAGCAUGGUCGAUCUCGCCAUCCAGAGCACUACGGGAGUCAAGGCCGGCUUCUCCGAGAACCUCGAAUCCCAGAUCGUCAAGAUUCUUCAGACGACCGCCACGGCCCUCAAGAGAGUCUCGCUCGCCGACAGAAAGAAGAGCGAUAAGGACGCCAACCUCACAGACGAUGCAUAUCUGGAGGCACACCCAGAACGCCGCGCCGUUGUCGUCAUUGACAACUUCCUACACAAGGGCGAGGAGAAGGGUGUUCUCUACGACAAGAUCGCCGACUGGGCUUCCGCGCUUGUGCAGUCCAACAUCGCCCACGUCAUCUUCCUCACGACCGAUUCGUCGUUUUCCAAGCCCCUUGCCAAGGCGCUGCCAGAUCGCGUUCUCCAUCAGGUCACCCUGGGCGAUCUCUCGCCUGUCGUGGCGAAGCACUUCGUCGUCUCACAGCUCGAACCGGACGGCGAGCCAGGCCCAGAUUCAGAGGAGAGCCGCGACGCUCCGGUGCUGACAGAGAAGCAACGCCGAAAGGACCUCCAGGAGCUCGACGAGUGCAUCGAAGUGCUGGGCGGCCGCCUGACAGACCUGCAAGUCCUCACCCGCAGACUCAAGGUCGGCCAGAGCCCCAAGAAAGCAGUCUCGGACAUCAUCGACCAGAACGCCUCCGACAUCCUGCGCAUGUUCCUGCUGGGGAACAAGAGCGGCGGCGGCGUCGGCGGCGGAGGUGAGGGCGGCACGAAGUGGUCGGCCGAGCAGGCCUGGUACCUGAUCCGGGAGCUCGCGUCCAAGGAGACGCUGCGCUACAACGAGGUGCUGCUGAGCAGCACCUUCUCGUCGUCCACCACCGCCGGGGCCGGCAGCGCCGAGGCCGCCAUCGAGAGCCUCGCCAGCGCGGAGCUCAUCACGGUCCGGUCGCUGCACGGCCGGCCCGCGACCAUCCGCGCCGGCAAGCCCGUCUACCAGGCCGCCUUCAACCGCCUGCUCGAGGACGACGCGAUCCGGGCGCGCAUGGACCUGGCCCUGCUGGCCGAGCUCGCCAAGAUCGAGGCCAGGACCAUCGAGAAGGCCGAGGCGGAGCUCGCCGUGCUCGCUGGCCUCCCCUUGCAGCCGUACCAGGCUGCCGAGCGGGUUGAUUACCUGCUGGCGAAGCUGCAGGGCAGUCAGCAGAAGAUCGUGGCGUAUGAGAAGGAGAUGGCCGGCCUGAAGAAGAUGCUGUCUGAGGCGGACUGAAGUUUGCUGAGCAUUGUGUGGAAUAUAUUUUCAGGACGGGCCUUGGCUGGGGCGUCGUUGUUGGUCCACUCAGUUAUGGCAGCAUUGCACUGCGA